UUUAACAUGCAAAACAAAAUAUGGAUACAGAAAAUUGGCACCCACAUAAUUUAGUUUAAACUUAAAUUGAGGUUCAUAUCUAUCAGUUAAUUGGAAAAUCAAACAAAAUCAAUAAAUACCUAAUCAUGAAGACAGCUCUUAUGGUGGCGGAAAAGCCAUCGUUGGCCCAAAAUCUAGCCAACAUACUUAGCAAUGGCAAAUGCACUACAACUAAAGGUAUGAAUACAGCAUGUUCUAUCCACGAAUGGACCGGGAUGUUCAAAAACGAUUCGGUUCGUUUCAAAAUGACUUCUGUCUGUGGUCACGUUAUGACUUUGGAUUUCACCGGCAAAUACAACAAUUGGGAUAAGGUAGAUCCUGUUGAGUUGUUCAUCUGUCCGACGGAAAAGAAAGAAUCGAUGCCACGACUCCGGAUACCGGCUUUUCUAGCCCAGGAGUCUAGGGGAUGUGAUUAUCUAAUACUGUGGUUGGAUUGUGAUAAAGAAGGGGAGAAUAUUUGCUUCGAGGUAAUGAGUUGCGUGCAACCUUAUAUGAAAGGAGAUGUUCUUUCGCCCCUUGUUACCUACCGGGCCCACUUUUCGGCUAUCACAGAAAAGGACAUCAAAGCAGCCAUGCUGAAUCUCGGAAGACCCAAUGAAAAUCAAUCUAGAAGUGUUGAUGCUCGUCAAGAGCUCGAUUUGAGAAUUGGAUGUGCUUUUACUAGAUUUCAAACUAAAUAUUUUCAAGGAAGGUAUGGAGAUUUGGAUGCUUCACUCAUAUCGUACGGUCCAUGCCAGACUCCGACCCUGGGGUUUUGCGUGCAGCGUCACGACGAGAUCCAAACCUUCAAGCCAGAAACUUACUGGGUGUUGCGUGUAACGGCUAGUACGUCUGAAGGAAGGGAAUUGCCGCUUGAGUGGAAACGAGUCAGAUCUUUUGAGAAGGACAUUGCUAAUAUGUUCCUCUCAGGAAUUAAGGAGUGUAAAGAAGCUACUGUGAUCAAUAUCCAAGCCAAAGAGAAAGUGAAGGCGCGUCCAACCGCCCUGAACACAGUGGAACUGAUGAGGGUCGCCAGCGCCGGCCUGGGGAUGGGACCGCACCAUGCAAUGGCGGUUGCGGAGAGGCUGUACACUCAAGGAUACAUCUCGUACCCUCGCACAGAAACCACCAGUUACUCAGAGAAUUUUGAUCUCAUGGGAACCCUCCGUCAACAGCAGAGCUCAAGUAAGUGGGGCGCAGAGGUACGGGCACUGAUCUCCAACGGCAUCAACAAGCCGAAGAAGGGCCACGACGCGGGCGACCACCCCCCCAUCACCCCUUUAAGGGCUGCCUCGGAGUCGGAGCUGGAGGGCGACAUGUGGCGCAUCUACGACUACGUGACGCGGCACUUCAUAGCGACGCUGUCGCGCGACUGCAAGUUCCUCUCCACCACCAUCACCUUCCGCAUCGCCGCCGAGACCUUCCACUACACCGGCAACGCGCUGCUCGACGCCGGCUACACCGAGCUCAUGCACUGGCAGGCGUUCGGCAAGGACGAGUUCGUGCCGACGCUGCACGUGGACGACGUGCUGCGCGCGCACGACCACCGCCUCGUGGAGUGCCAGACCGCGCCGCCCGACUACCUCACCGAGUCCGAGGUCAUCACCCUGAUGGAGAAGCACGGCAUCGGCACGGACGCGUCCAUCCCGGUGCACAUCAACAACAUCUGCCAGAGGAACUACGUGACGGUGGGCAGCGGCCGCCGCCUCGUGCCCACCAACCUCGGCAUCGUCCUCGUGCACGGAUACCAGAAGAUCGACCCCGAGCUGGUGCUGCCCACGAUGCGCUCGGCCGUGGAGGAGCAGCUCAACCUGAUCGCCGUGGGGCGCGCGGACUUCCACGCCGUGCUGUCGCACACCACCGAGAUAUUCCGGAGGAAGUUUCAGUACUUCGUGAGGUCCAUCGAGGGCAUGGACCAGCUGUUUGAGGUCAGCUUCUCGUCGCUGAAGGCCAGCGGGAAGGCGCUGUCCAGGUGCGGCAAGUGCAGGCGCUACAUGAGAUACAUACAGGCGAAGCCUGCCCGCCUCCACUGCUCGCACUGCGACGACACGUACUGCCUGCCGCAGAACGGCACCGUCCGCAUCUACCGCGAGCUCAAGUGUCCGCUCGACGACUUCGAGCUGCUCUCCUGGUCCUCCGGCAGCAAGGGGAAGAGCUUCCCCCUCUGCCCCUACUGCUACAACCAUCCGCCCUUCAGGGAUAUGAAGAAGGGCUUCGGUUGCAACUCGUGCACGCACCCGACGUGUCCGUACGGCGUCAACUGGACCGGGGUCUCCGGCUGCGUUGAGUGCGAGGCCGGCGUGCUCGUGCUCGACCCCGCCGCGCCGCGCUGGAAGCUGGCCUGCAACCGGUGCGACGUGAUCAUAAACAUAUUCGAGGACGCGGCGCGCGUGUCGGUGUGCGAGCAGGCGUGCGCGGCGUGCGGCGCGCAGCUGGUGGCGGUGGAGUACCGGCCCGAGCGCACCCGCCUGCCCGCCGCGCUCACCGAGAUGACGGCCUGCCUCUACUGCGAGCCCAUCUUCAGCGCCCUGGUUGAAAAGCACCGUGCGGUGACGUCACGCGCGGGUGGGGGAGCGGCACGGGGCGCGGGGCGGGGCGGGCGGCCGCGGGUGCACAAGCACCGGGCCAAGCAGCCCAAGGACAAGAUGGCGCUCCUAGCCGCGUACUUUGUAUGACCAGCCGCCCUCACCCUCCUCCCCCCGGGAACGUGAGCCGCGCGUCGCGUGACAAAACGUCGCAACUCCAAUACGAACGAGUUGCCAAAAUCGAUUUUAUUGCUAGCACUUGACAUGUGUUUUAUGUGUGUACUCUUUGCUCUACUAUCGACUAAUCUUUAGAGAAACAUUAGAAACGUAAUCCUGUUCGAUUAUAAUUUUUGAUUUGGGAUGGCUCUGGUCAUGGACAUACAAUGUUAUGCAUUUAUGAUGUCGAUAAGUAUGCUAUUUGAUUCGUGUUAAAAUCGUCUUUAUGUUCAUGGUAAUAGCUUCGAUGAAAUAGUGUUUUAAUGUUUUUAUUUAAAUAAAUUAAUAAUAAUCGGGAGCGAAUCACACACGGUCAUUCAGCCCCUAAUUUAGGAUUUCCUAUAUUAUGGGUACCAGAGAUUGACAUACAUACUUAUACAAGUUUUUUUAAAUAAUUACAUAUAUAGAUAAUAAACACCCAGGCGAAGAGCAAACAAAGCUGUUCA